AUGAAUAAUUUUCGUCAAAUAAAUAAUAAUUUCUCCUCAGAGCAAAUUAAUUCUUCAGUCUACUCUACUUAUUCUAAUUUUAAUAAUAGCAACAAUUAUAACACAACUAGUAUUGGCACUUUUGAUGGAAAUUCUCAAACUGCAAAUCUAAAUGAUCUUAAGAAUGUUCCUUUUGAAUUUUUAUCAACACCUUCUCAACUUUUAUCUCCGGCAUAUUCUCAAUCACAACUCCAGCCUCAACUUUUUUCUUCCCAAGCUUCUCAACAAAAUAACCUUGUUGCUAUCGUUACUAAACAUCGGAAUCUCUAUCUCGAAAGAAAAUUGAGAAAAUACGACAUUGGAAGCUUGACGUUAGGCUCAAAUGGCAAAGAAUAA